GGCAUCGAGUGCGCGUCAGUCCGAUUUAUUUUACAAUUUCGUGGUACGAAGGUGUAACCGAAACAUCAACUCGAAUCUGGAGCACAAUAAGCUUUCUUCGUUAAGAGAAAGAGAGAGAUAGAUAAAGUGAGGGGGCACAAGGAGAUAACUCGUGUUUACCUGUUUAUCGUGCUUAUUAUUUUUUUUCGCGAAUGUGACAGUGAAUUAUGAAGAGGCCAGUGAUCGGUUGUGUUAGCCGCAUCGGUGCGCGUGCAGGUUUAAAUUCGUGAAAGAAUAAUCAAACGCAUUCUUGUUGGACAUUCUGCUAAAAUUGGCGAAAGAAUGCAUUUGCCGGAUGGUCCGCUGGCGAUGGAAACCUACAAGGCGAUCUACGAAACCCUCAGAAGCUGCCAUGGGGAUUUGGUGCAGACGGGAAGUCCCACCAUCCUGUGUUCCACGCUACCGUGCCACUGGAGAUCAAACAAGUCUCUUCCGGUAGCGUUCAAGGUCAUAGCGCUCGACGAAGUCAGCGACGGCACCCUGGUCACCAUUAGAGCGGGGAAUGACGAAAACUUUUUCGGCGAACUGAGAAAUUGCACGGCCGUCAUGAAGAAUCAAGUCGCCAAAUUUAACGAUCUUAGAUUCGUCGGUCGCAGUGGAAGAGGAAAAUCAUUUUCACUGACAAUCCAGAUCAGCUCGGUACCUCACCAAGUAGCCACGUAUUCCAAAGCCAUCAAGGUCACGGUAGAUGGACCACGCGAACCAAGAUCUAAAACGAAUUGUCAAUAUAUCCCCGGAUUUCCCGGCUUGGGUGGCUUACUCAAUCCCUGGCUAGAUACCGCAUAUCUCGGACACACCUGGCACAUGCCGCAUCCCGCUCUACUUAAAGGAGCGAUGCCAAUGCCACCACCCGCGGACCUGUUCAAUCCGAGCUUCCCGCCGGUCUUCUCGCCGUAUACGUUCGAUCCCAUCAAAUACUCGGAAUAUGCUGCACUGACGGCUGGUACGACGACGAUGACAACUGUAUCGACGACAGCAACAACGGCCGGCAUUCUGAAUAGCCCGUCCAGAUCGUCACCCGGUGGUAACACAUCCAGCAACGACUCACCGACCGAAGAGGCUCGAAGUGCCUUCGUGCCCCUUCGAAUCAACACUCUGCCGCCGAGCACGUCGUCCUCGACGUCGCCGCCGGACAAAAGCGCGAGGAGGUCAACCGAAGGCGUGAGAAACUCGUUGAAGGCACCCAGCUCUCUCAUCUCCCAGAGGCUAUCGGAGAGGAGGAGUCCAUCGCCGACGAAAUCAUCGACGAAAACAGUCUGGAGACCGUACUCGAAGCCGUAGAUCCGGAAGCGGAUUCGUGCGACAAUGACAAUUCAAUGUCCCGAAAGGCUAGUGACAGAUAAUCGCCCUGACGAAGGCGACGUCGUUUCUGAUGCGAGCAUCAGAUUUUUAAUAAAUGACUUUGCGUAUCGUUUUUCCGGGUGUUGACUCGCGCACGCGAGUGCGUAUUUUUCUCUUCGGUUUUACGAAGACAAGAAGAACACGGGAGAAAGAUGGAAAGUCAUUUCGUCGAUUUAAGCCUCUAAAGCAUUGUUCGUAAUUUAUGAAUAAUUUUAUUAAUAAAUUGAAAAUUUAUAAAAUUCCUGACGAAUUCUAUAAAUUUGGACACAUGUACAUAUGUAUGAAAACGAAUUGUAUAUAUGGUGUAUAUAGAGUUCGUGGACAAUAAAGUAGUUAUAAAGAGGCAAAUAAGAAUUUAUCUGCAUUCGUGUGUUCAUGAAAGUGUACGUGCAAGUAUAAAUGAGUGAAUGAGUGAUGAAAAGGAGACAGAGACCAAAAGACAGAGAUACCGAUAUUAUUUAUAUUAUAAGAAAGAUAUUUAUCAGAAAGAUUUAAUGUAAACAGAGAUGGUAUAAAAUAUAGAGAUGCGACGCAAGAGAAGAAUAAAAUCGAGAUCUAUACGUGAAAAAUAUGUACAUGUCUG